AUGGAUAGUGCAUCCAUCGAUGCUAUUCACAUGAAUGGCAUCAAAUCGAAGUACCUAUAUGAUAUACUGAAAGGCAUAGUACGAGAAAAGAAUUAUGAUGUUCUAGAAACUAUAAAUGUCUCCGAAUUUCUAGCCGAGUUGCUGGAUCAUAUGGUCAACACUAUACCGAACGAAUUGUUCCAGACAAAAGUUAAUAAUGGAAGACAUACUGUAGGGCGUAAGGAAGAUAGUGAGGAAAAUGAGGAAGCUGUAUAUGGCACAGACAUAGACGAUGCCAACGAUGUACAUACUAGGCAAUUGGAUGAUCUCAAGCGCAUAUCAACACAUUUAACCACUAAUUUCAAAGACAAAAGCCAAUUACCAUUUACAAUAGUGAGAAUUUGUGAACUUUGUUUCGAUCCUUUUCAUUACUUCAAGACAUACGAACUCGAUAAGUUUGUUAAUGCCUUGCAGAAAUGCUGCUUAGUCAGAGGCGCUUGGCGACGUUAUGAACUGAAAGAUGUUCGAGAACUUUCAAAUUCACAAUCGGAUAAGGAACAUAUUGACUGUGAUCAAAAUGAUGUGGCAUUAUCUAAAAUACCGUGGUUGGAUGAAAAGAUGGUCUCUGAAUUAACACCUUUUAUAAAGGAAAUUGACACAAUUAUGAGUGUGAAUUUGAGCUUCGAAGAUGAUGAGAUGGAUGAUGACGACGAUGAUAAUUUGAAAAAUCAAAACAAUGAUAGAAUCAUUACUCACCAAGAUGACAAUAUAAUAGUCGAAGAGUAUUAUGAAAAUGAGGAUCAAGAUGACGAAAACACUGGUUUCAGUAAUCAAGUUAUAAAUGAUAAUAAUGAUAGCCAAGAAGACGACGACGAAGAUAGUGAUUAUAUAGAGGAAGAUGAGGGAGAUGAAGAUGAAGAUGAUGAUGAUGAUGAGGAGGAGGAGGAGGAGGAGGAUGGAGAUGAGGAUGAAGAUGAGGAUAAGCAUUUUGAUAUCAAAGUAGAAGAAGAGGCAGUAAAGGAGGAUGCAAAUACCACUAGAAACGAAUUAAUGAAUGUUUCCAAUAAUAGUGAUGAUAGCUCUUUACAAAAUGACACUGGUAUAGCAAUCUCCUCACAAAAUGAUACCAGAGACCUUAGCAAGAGGAGACUACCUUUGAGUGAUGAGAAUGAUGGUAACUAUGCAAAUCCAGCAAGCUUUUCAAAGAGAAAUAAAGCAAGCGAGUCGUGA